UCGCCCGACGCAGCCGCCGCACGCGCGCAAACGGACCGAACGGAUCACGCGGACCGCACGCGACAGCCACACCGCCACCGGAUCAGUACAUUACGGCUGCAGUGACCGACGACGCAGGGAGAUUGUAGAAUACCGCUUUUAUAUCGUCCGCGAAACCGUAUACUACCUAAUAUACAUUUACGCGUUAUAGUACCUACACGGUGGUUAUCGUGACGGGAUUCGCGCGUACGGCUGACUGCGGGCAUGCUGUUGCCUUCGGACAUGUUGGCAACGCAAUCCAAGAUGCUGUACCAGCUGAACAAGUACUGCGUGGAACGGGUGGAGACGAGAAAGACGGCCACGGCCAAGGCGGUGCGGGAGGUGUGCAAGGUAGUGCAGACGGUGCUGCAUGAGGUGGAGGCCCAGGAGCCGCGGUUCAUAUCAUCGCUAGCCGAGUGCAACGGCCGGUAUGAGGGCCUGGAAGUGGUGUCGGCCACCGAGUUCGAGAUCGUGCUCUACCUGAACCAGAUGGGAGUGUUCAACUUUGUCGAUGACGGGUCGCUGCCCGGGUGCGCAGUGCUCAAACUGAGCGACGGUCGCAAGCGGAGCAUGAGCCUGUGGGUCGAGUUCAUCACGGCGUCCGGGUACUUGUCAGCCCGCAAGAUCCGGUCCCGAUUUCAGACGCUGGUAGCGCAAGCGUGCGAUAAGUGCGCGUACCGGGACUCAGUAAAGAUGAUGUCGGACACAGGCGAGGUGAAGCUCCGGAUCCGGGACCGGUACGUGGUGCAGAUUACGCCGUCAUUCAAGUGCGCGGGCGUGUGGCCGCGGUCGGCCGCCCACUGGCCGGUGCCACAGCUCACGUGGCCGCACCCCAACCUCAUCGUGCAGGUCAAGACCGAGGGGUUCGACCUGCUGUCCAAGGACAGCGUCAUCAUGCACGGCAAGCAGAACUCAAUGGAGGGCGACGCGUGGGUCAUGUCGUUCACGGACGUCGAGAACCAGCUGCUUUAUGGUGGCUGCCGGAAGCGGUGCCUGAGCAUACUCAAGACACUCAGGGACAGGCACCUGGACCUUCCCGGCAACCCGAUCACCAACUAUCACAUCAAGACGCUGCUGCUGUACGAGUGCGAGAAACACCCACGGGAUGCCGAGUGGGAGGAGACCGGCAUCGCGGACCGCAUCAACGGCAUACUGCUGCAGCUCAUCUCGUGCCUGCAGUGCCGCCGGUGUCCGCACUACUUCAUCCCGCACCUGGACCUGUUCAAGGGCAAGACCCCGGCGUCCCUGGAGAGCGCGUCCAAACACGUGUGGCGCCUCAGCCGAGAGAUACUUACCAACUCCAGGGCCUUCGACAAGCUUUGAGGGAUCUCGCGUCCGUCCGCCUCGACGCGUAUAUUUUGUAUAACAUUAUAUUAUAAUUUAUAUAAUUAUGUGUGUGUGUAGCUAUUACAGAGUGAAACCUCUGUGUGCACAAGGGACACGCUCUAUCGAUCGGUAACGACGAAAGUUUAUCGUCCGUUAUUCGGAGGUGUAUUAUUAUAGUCAGAGGUUUCACCGUGUUUUUUUUUU